GAUCUACACGAUCUAUACCUCUUCUACUCCUUUGCCAUUACGCAAAUCGAUACACAAAGAGGGCGUGGAUCAGAGAUGGUGUAAAAUGUUGUUGUGUGCUUCGCAGGCCACAGAAUAGAAUUAACUAUCAUGUUGACACAGACUGGGAGCGCGGCACAGCUUAUCUUCGAUGAAUACUGUGAAGAGUCCAUCGUCGUUACUACGUCGAGUCCAAAGGACGCAGCAUUGCAGGCAGAAUACAGCUAUCCAUGCGAUGACUGUUGUACCAUUAUACCAAUUGGGUUGGGAGGAGUUGAAAUGGCCCUCACUGCUUUGUCCCACGGGAGCGGUUUAUUGCAUAUGCUCUUUUUUCUUUGUUUUCUUGCACAAGGUCAAGUCAAGCACAUUUUGGGAAAGGAUUCUACCCACUCCCUCCUUUUUCUUUUUCUUUGUCACUUUUUUUUUCUCCUUUGUGCUCACCUCCACUCCACUUCCCAGCCCUUCCUCCCUUCCUUCAAGCUGAACAUCAGUUCCAUCGGACCAUCAUCCCUUCUCUCCUCCCUCUCUUCCUCUUAUUCAUCACACCACCACCACCCGCGGCAACUUACUCUCAAAACACACUUUUCACACUAACACUACAGCUGUCCAAGGAAGGAUCGACUGCAUUUCUUUUGCCAUGGCGUCCUUCAUUCAGUCCCUCCUCGACUGGCUUCGUGGCCUCUUUUUCAAGGUACGCCAACCCCCGCCACUGUUA